UUAUAUUUCUUCGUGUGUUGAUCUUGCGGACACACAGUCUGGAUAGUUGGUGAAUGCGUGUCAUUAUCCACUUCUGCAAAAUUUUCUAUGUUUAAGGAGUAGAAAAAGUAUGAUGAAUAAAAAUGUUCCGUGAAGAUGAGAAGUGGUUGUGGGCACAUAUAUACACUGAACUUCUUACGAACAUACCCUGGAUUGAGGUAGCACACGUGGUUUUAACUAUUCUUGACAUACAAAACACUCUUCUCUCACUGAAGCAAGUUCUAGUAGUGCACAGUUCAUGUUCUAAGAAAAUUCACUUCAGCUUGGAAGUUACAUGAGAUAAAACUGUGAAAACAAAUUAUGUUGGCUUUGGUUGAUUUAAGAAUUCUUGAUUUUGUUUUGUCAUCAAACUAGAGGUAGAAGUCCCAAUGGUCCCUUGCAGCAAGGGAUCCAGAGCAUAGUUCUGCAGUUGUAAAUAGCUGUACAUCUGAUUUGUCGGAUGGUCCUGAACAAAAAAGUAGGCAAGUUCAAUUUCAUUGAAGUUUAAAAAUUAGAGAACUUGAAAGUGUGAACUGCUCAUACCACUAGUGAACCAUAUGGUUGGAAUCCUGCUAGUUGUUGGGUAUGUGGUGACAUUGGGAUGCCAUUUCCAAUAUGACUAUAUGGUUGGAAACUGCCUAGUUCUUGAGUAUGUGCUGGCAUUGUGAUACUAUUACCGAUUGGACCAUUAGGUUGGAAUCGCGCCAGUUCUUGACUAUGUGCUGACAUUGGGAUGCUAUUACCAAUUGAUGGUGGUCUUGAAGCAUUUAGUAUAUUGUUGUACUGCAAUUGAUAUGCAGCCAUUUGAUUUCUCAAAAACUCUAAAUGAUCCUGCAAAAAUUAUAUAGAAAGGUCAAUACAAUUAAAUGUAUUAUAGGAAAAUAAGCUAUACCGUUGAGGUGCCUUGUGGCUGCACUUGCACAUUAUUAUCCAUGUUCUUUUUCUUCUUUCGAGUUGCUUUCUCCAAAUGACCCUAAAAAAUGAUAUAUAAAGACCAAUACAAUUAAAGAUUUUAUAGUAAACACGCUACCGAUUUUAUACCGUUGCGACGCCCUCUGGCUGCACAUGUAUAGUAUUAUCCAUGUUUUUUUUCUUCUUUCCGGUUGCUUUCUCAAAGCCCCCAAUUGGUCUGCUUGCUCCUUUGGUGGUCUUCUCCUUCACCUUGAUACCUUUUGGUUUCGCAAGCCCCUCACCGUGUUUUGAAAUUCUACUACAGUCGAUGUGUAGUCCUGGCACAACAAUAUUAAACUUAAGUUUAACUUUGGAACUAGCCUACAGAAGUAUAAGUAUAAGAUGUACCUUCUGUAGUAGUAGUAGUAGUAGUAGUGGAGUUGUUCACUUCUGGAUCAGCUCUAAUUUUCAAGCAUUUCUCCACCCUUUGUGCUAAUUGCUCUGCGGAGUUAGCAGCCUCGUCAUAUGAUUCAUCAGAUUCAGCGGCACGAGCAGCUAUUUUCAUAUACAUUUUGCACAAAUCCUUGUACCGAUUAGCCAUUCUUACUUUUGGAUCAUCAUGUUGGUUACGUUUGCUUGUUAUAUCUAGAACUUUUGCAUCAAUUGUCCACCUUUUCAAGAUAUAUUCUUCAGGGAUGUGCUUGAUAUUAUUAAUACCAGGAACCUUUAAGCAAUGAGAGCAAAGUAUUCCAGCAAAUUCAAACCUCUUGCAACUGCAGCUGACCUUUUCUUCUUUUUGAAUAAAUCUAACAAUAUGGUCACGUUGCGUGCCAUGAAAUUUUACUGUGUAAACCUUCUCCUCCGCCUCAAUUUCACUACAAAGAAAUGUGUCAUAGUUCAGGGUCCGAAGCACUUGCUCUUGAAACAACUUGAAUAUUGCUGGACUAUAUGUGGAUACGGCUUGUCUUAACAUAUAGCUAGCUUCUACCUUUAGUUAAGGACUACUCUGUGUUGCUUUGAAGUCACACCUCACCUCUUCAAAUCUUUUAUCUGAAACUAGCCGCUCGAAAUGAUGGAAAAAAGUAAGCAUGUCAUAUUUAACACUGAUGUACCUCUUUAGUUCAUUGUUCAUGCUUUCACUUCUUUGGGUAGUAGUCAUUUGGGCACAGAACGUAUUUCUGCCAUACACUAGUGCCCAAUGCUCUUUUUUCUCGAACCACCUUUUAAGCCACUCAUUUUCAUGUAGUCCAUACUUGUCAAGCAUUCCACCCCAUGCACUUAUAAAUUCAUCUUCCUCCUCUAUAUCAUAGAUACAAUGCUGAAAAUCAAUAUUGAACUUCUUAUAAUCUUUGACAACUCCACCAAGGUGCUUGCAAGCAUUUUGAUUCAUAUGCCACACACACAGUCUAUGUAUACUAUAAAUUAGGAUUUCACUGAUCGCCUUUGCCAUUGCUGCAUCUUCAUCGGUCAGAAUUGUCCGUGGAUGUUUUCCUGACAUAACUUUCAAAAAAGUUCUAAAAAGCCAAGCAAAACUUUCAGCGGUUUCAUCAUACAGAAGUGCAGCACCGAAGACAACAGUUUUCUUGUGAUUAUUUACACCAACAAUCAAACCAAAUGGACGUCCAUCAUCUAGUUUCCUGUAUGUGGUGUCAAAGCAUAUAACAUCACCAAACAUCGCAUAGUCCGAGACCAUUUUGGAGUCAGCCCAAAAAAUGUUGGUUAUCAAAUCAUCCUCAUCCACUUGAAUUGAAUAGAAGAAAUUGACAUCUUCCGAUACCUUCUUCUCCAUGUAUUCUAACACUCCUCCGGUGUCACCUUCCUUUGCUUGUAUCGUUCUCUUUGAGUACAACCGAUUUUUUAUAUCUUCACGUGUACAACCAAGGUUUUCAAUUCCACCUGCUUGUUUAGCCAUCAGAUCGAUUGCAGCUUUAUUUGAAAUACCUACAGACUUCGCAACCUCUGCAUUUGCUAUUUGCGCUUCUGUUACUUUUCUCUGGGAUCUCAAAAAGUGAGUCAUGGUUCCAGGAGCAAGAAUGUGGUUAUGUGAAGCCUCAAAUUCAUACACAUCAUAAAAUCCACUUCUAAGGCUUAUCUUCAUACGGGCGGUACAUCCACAUCGUGUUUCAGGCCUGCUAUAACUGAAUGUAUCCUCUCUUUUAUCAUCCCCGCGAUAGCCUAUAAAUUGAAGUAAUUUUAUUAGUGCAUCAACAUAUGAUUGCAAUCAUAAAAUAUGCAUAUAGCACAUACCUUGGCGAGAGCAUGUAAACGUCCGUUGUUGCAUUGUAGAGGAGUUCUUCAUUUUAUGGCCACUGCUUUUCUGUACUAUUUAAAAAAGAGGAACAGGUUCCGUCGUCAGGCGGUACGUUGUUCGCUUCAUCGAUGGUUUCUUCCGCUCCCGAUACGUCGUCGUUUCAUCCCACUUCCCCUCACUGGGCCAAGCCCAACGAAACCCACGUGGCCGGUUGUCACUCUGGCUUGGCUUCCCACAGGAGAAUCCCCAAACCGUAUCUUCCCCUCUCCCCAUCUCCACCGCCGCCCCAACACCACCACCUUCACUGCCCGAGCUGCGGCCGAGAGCGAGGCAUGGGAGCUGGGGCACGGGAAAUCAAACAGAAAUCUGGAGAUCGCCGGCGUUGGCGCCAGGUCGCCGCCAGCUAGGGUUUCGGCGCCACCGCUCCAUCCUUCCCCGACGCAGCAUCCAUCCUUCUGCCCUCCCCAAGUUCCCCGGCGCCAGGCUCUGGUUAGUACCAGGCCUACGGGAUGUUGCGCCUGUAGCUCGACCAGCGCAGCUAUGAGUUGUUGCGCAAGGGCCUCGACCAACUACGGUACCGUGCUAUCCAUCGAGAGAUUCAACCACAACGGACGUGGUUCCGGCGUCUCGCCCCGCCAGAAGAUCCACACCAACGGCGCAUCCUACCUGACGGUCUUCCAUGGCGACAACCCUGGGUUCCGACAGGCUGCUGCAACCAGGUCGUCAACCUCCCACUCCCUCAACAAUGUGUAUUUGUCCUACGGAACCCAGGUUUUGCCAAGGAUAAUAAACCAAAAUAAGAUGGUGAAUCUAAAGACACGAAAGAGUAUGUUGAAGACUUGGAUGAUGACCAUGAGGUAUACUGAACUCUACUUACUGGCUUGAUAUGAUUGCUGAACAAUAACCUCGCUGGCACUUUUGUGGUAAAUGAUAUUACAUCUGCUCUAGCAUCAAGCGUUCUGUUGAACUUUAUGCAAAUGACGCUUCUUGCAGAGAUUCUGCUAUGGGGAGAAGCAAUGGUUUUGAUAUGGCUGGGUUUCAGCAGAGUAAACCAGUAGUCACAAUGAGUAAUAGCAAUGGGAUCAGUACCAUGUAUGAGUUAGCUGACGCACAAUACUGGAUCGGUUGAUGGUGAUACUGAAACUCUUAGUGCUCAUCUACCUUCAUCAGCUGCUAAAAAUACCCAUAGCAAAUCAAACGAUACAAUGGCACAUGUUUCAGUAGAAUAGCCAACUACCGAAUAACCUCACAGGAGCAUCUAAAAGCUUGCAGCUGGAGUUGGUUCUUUUGGUAAAGCUAGAGGUUGGCAAUAGUCAAAGUUUAAGUAAGCAUUGUUCUUAUUUGUUCUGUGUGGUCAGAGAACAAGGAAAAGAAUUCCAAUACAGCAAGUUUUUGUAUGAAGUGAUACAAGAGCGGUAAAAAAAUCUCGAGGUGAAAAUGGAAUCGCCUCUGGAUCGAUAAGGCUAUCUUUCAGAGUUCCAUGUUUGGAAGUUGGUUGUGCGUACACAUGUAUAGUCCCAUGUCUUUAUUGAAAAAAAUGUAUAGUCCCAUGUAUAGUUCUGUACAAUCUGUCACGGUGCCUGAUGUUCUUAUAGGCAGUAGUACUUUAUAUGAGUGCCUCAUUAUUACCCCUUCUCUGUAUGAGUUGAAGGGUAUUGAAGCUUUGUAAUUUUUGCAUGUAAUACAGACAAACAACAGAAGUCCCCAUAUAAUUUUCUGUCUGGUUCUUGAUUGA